ACAUAACCCCAUCAGAGGCGUAGAUGUUUCUCUGUGAGUGUUGCAGUCCUCGAAAGACGUGCAGUGCAGGACUACCUUGGAACACUGGCACUUACCAUAACUGGAAUAUUUAGGAUACUGCUAAAAAUGUAGGUCAUAUUUGAAAGCUACACGUAAUUUAAGGAUUCGUUCAUUAGGUCACCGGUGACCGGACGCUAAAGCAUUGCCUCUUAUAACUUCUUCGACAGAUAUGGUUGGGAUGAAUUACCCGAUGGGGAUUAUUCCCACUUGGUUGGCACUGCUGGUACAUGUUCAAUGCUGCAUGGCUUUCUCUGUUGCUGGGCAUGAGAAUACAUGCGAGGCGAACGGGAGCGUUUACUACGUGGGGGAAUGGUACUUCUUGGACUCAGAUCACUGCACCCAGUGUGAAUGCACGGCAGAAGGUUCGGCGUGUGCUAGAACUGAGUGCACGUCCCUACCUUCAGCCUGCAUCCAUGUGAGCCACUACCCUACUGACUGUUGCCCAAGGUGCGAGAAGAUCGGCUGCGAGUACCGUGGUGAGGUGUACGACUUGGGUGAACAGUUCCAGCCCUCAGAGUGUGAGCAGUGCACGUGUGAGGACGAUGGCAUCGCACGGUGCCUGGUGGCAGACUGUGCGCCCCCACCCUGUGUCAACCCUGUUUACCAGAAGGGGAAGUGUUGCCCUGAGUGUAAGGAUGGCCCAAACUGCUACGUGGAUUCCUCUAGGACCCAGGUGAUCCCUGGGGGUGAACCAGUGUGGGUGAACUCCUGUACCAAGUGUCGAUGCCAUGAUGGCCAGGAUGCUGGGUAUUGGGAGGGCAACCGGCUGGCCACCUGUACCCGUGUGAAGAACUGCCAAACAUAGGAGCCCUAAAAAUGAUCAUCAUGGAGGUCUUCCUCAACUGAAACGAGGCUCACCAGAAGAGCUUGUAGUGUAUGUGUGUAGCACUAAUUCCGUCCUACGCACAUAUGUAGAGCUUGGUUAUGGUGGUAGUAGUGCUCAUUAUUAUUGAUUAGGUGCACUGUGUGUAUUCUUCUCAAACUAAUUUUAAAUAAUAACAAAAAUGAACCAAAGAGCUAAUAUAGCCUUGUUCAUUAAAUCAUACCAAAGAGAUGUUUUCAAGCGAUUUGAUUAGGCAUACAUAAUGAAUGCACCCAAAAACAUUAAGAGCACAUUAUGACACACACGCACACCCACCCUCACGCACACACACACACAAACACCCUGCCAUGUAGGUGGAAUUACUGUAGUUCCAUAUUAUGUAAACUUUACAUACAUUUACAGGUACAAAUAUAUAUGCUGGUUUUGUGGGUAAUUCAUCAUGUAAUUUGAGGUAUACAACAUCUUGUGCUGGAUAAACUACUAUAUAUUCCAACAGAUUUCUUUCUAAUGUGCAAAUCAUGGGGAACAUGAUAAAUGACUUUACUAUGGUAGUGUGUAGGUAGUGUGUUGUGGAAAGCUGACGAAAUUUUUUUGAAUGACAAAUAGUUUGACUAUUAGGCAAGGUAAGGCAUGCAUACAUAUCUAUUUAGAUUUGUAGAACUGAAUUGGUACCUUUCUACAAAAUCCUCAAAUGUGAUCCAUUUAGAUGAAGUGGUGGAUUUUAUUAAAAGGUUGCUGUGUUUGACAGGGAUACGUAUGUAAUAAAAGUAUUCCAUAUGG